AUGAAAUUUGCCCACAGAUAUUCUCACACUCUUGAGAGUGAGGGAUUUCCUAUACUUUGGGUCCACUCUGCCAUCUCCUACAGACGCCUAAAAAAAUGCAUCAAGCGUGUUAGCAGUGAGCUUGCAGGACUGGGUUUGCAACCAGAAGUUCUUAAUGAUUUAUGGCUAUCGCAGGACCAGAUAGAUUCAUGCAAUCCUGACAGGUAUUUUGGUUUCCACUAUGAAUUUUCAACGGCAGCCCCUUCUUCCGCUCUUACCCCAAAGCUGACAUUCAUCAGUCACUCGCGCAUCAAGCCUGACUCUCUUUCAUCUCUUUACCCUAAAAUGCGUGAGAAUAUUGGGUUUCUUCUUUGUGCCGUAAAUGAAAGCAAGGAGUCACAUACAAGUGAUGAGUGUACCAGGACUAUUUCAGAAUCGAAGGAGCCAAAACAAUGCAAUUUUGCCAUCCAUCCGGCCACAACUCCCAUCCAAGCUGUUGAUAUACCCUUAUCCUCCGACUCCGAGUUCUUUCGUAUCCUUAGAGUCGAGCUAUCCACGCUUCGUCAAUUACAAGAUCAAGAGAGAGAAAAACUGACCGGUAGAGUGAAACUUCUCCGCGAAACUAUAGUCGGUACCACAAACUCUACGCUCGUUCGCUCGCGAAGUGCAUUGGACACCUGGCGUGAAAUAUUUCGCUUGUACAUGGAAGCCCAAGUUUUUUUUUCUACCAAUGAGCUCGAUUCAGGCGAGAGAACGUCCAUUGUGGCCCACCAACAGCUAGUCAAAUUUCAAACCUCCCUAUCAAAAAUUAGCCCCCAUAGAAAACUUAGGAAGAACGGCCGACGGGCACUUGAGUCCUUUAUGGAUAUUAAUUUUGUUCUAUUGCAAAACUUGAAAUUUCAAGAGAUUAAUCGUAUAGCGCUUCGAAAAAUUCUCAAGAAGUUCGACAAGCGAACCGCCCUUCGGGCGUAUCCAGCUUUUCCCCUUUUAGAGCCUCUGUUAUCUCAGAGUAUGGCAAACAUUCUUUGUCAGACGCUUUCUCAGGAGAUCCUAAGUGUGAUACCCCAAAUUCAUGACUAUCUUUGUCCAAUAUGCUUCAAUGUAGCAUUCAAGCCAGUUCGUUUACGAUGUGGUCAUGUUUUUUGCAUAAGAUGCCUGGUUAUCAUGCAGCGAGCACAGCAGGACCAUUGUGCGUUGUGUCGCAGAGAGGUUGUUAUGGAAGCUACAAGUGGUGAGUGCAUUUUUCUCACUACCAUGCAGCAACUGAUAGUUGAUUCAAAUACCUCAGAUAAUUUGGACCAGGACCUUCUUGGUUUCUUAAGCACAAACUUUCCAAAGGAAACAAAGGCAAAGCAAAGGGAUAAUGAAAUAGCAGCUAGCAUUGAUAUAUAUGGAGAAUCUUAUUAUAAAGCUUGCUCCAUAAUGUGA